AUGCUGGACUUGAGCGAUACUUUGGGAUGGGUGUCGAUAGGCUGCUGGUUAGGCGCCCAAUUCCCACAAGUCGUUGAGAACUACCAAAGACAAUCCGCGGACGGGCUCGCCCUUCCAUUCCUGGCAAACUGGUUAUUCGGGGAUAUAACGAACCUCCUCGGAUGCAUCUUGACCAAGCAGUUGCCUUUCCAGACGUACCUUGCCGGUUACUUCGUCUUCGUCGACUUCAGCCUGCUGUCGCAGUACUUAUAUUACACUCGCCUCAAUCCUCCGUCAAAGCCGUACGCAAGCUACGUCCAUGAUCGGAGUGACUCGUUUACGGGCAGCCGUCGCGUUUCUCAUGAACGCGAAGCAUCCCGAUACCGUACCCUCUCACAUGUUGCGGCCAACGUUGCUGCCGCCGCAGCACUUGCAGCACAACAAGAGUCUCGGGCAACAUCACCACAUCACCGUAGGACCCGAAGUCGAACCACUGGCGACUACCUAAAUCGAGGACGCUCCAACUCGCGAGUCUCGGAGGAAGCCGACGAAGUUGACGAACAGGCCUUGGCGACGCUUGCCGACAGCUUCCACUCGGAACGGGGAACGAGGGCUCGAAAGCACGUAUCUUGGAGCAGGGAACGCCGGGGAGGACGGGGAGGGAGCCUUGGCCGAACUCGGCAUCUCGUCUCACCCUUGUCCCCUAACAUCCCGCCAGAGGAGUUGCCCGAGACCCUCGUAAAUCGUGGUCGAUCUACGCAACGUGCAGAAGAAGAAGAGGCAGAUGUGCUCACCAACCGUCGCAAUUCAAGGGCGGGCAGACAAGGCGCUAGUUUAGUAUUCCUCGGUGUUUGGGCUCUGUUUGGGAUCAGUCAUUGGUCUGGCAUGAAGCGGGAUCCUGCCAUCUCCCCAAGUGCAACAAGGACCGGACAUGUUGUGGCUGCAUCAGAAGUGCCUGUCGCCAGCCCUCCUAUUCUAGCACAACCACCCGAUGCCGUGGAUAUAACUACGCCGAUCCUUGUUUCCUUCGCGAACCCCUAUGACGAGUCGAUGCCCCGUUGGCAUGGCGAGGCUCACGAUGAAGUUCCGCCAUCUACGGAACGUGUUAUUGGCCGCAUUUUUGCUUGGGUCUGUACCACGUUAUACCUCACGUCACGACUACCUCAAAUUUGGAAAAACUGGGUUCGGAAAUCCGCUGAAGGUCUCUCCGUCUACCUUUUCAUCUUCGCCUUUCUCGGCAACUUCUUCUACGUUGCGUCGAUCCUUACGUCGCCGAACCUGGGUAAGCCAGCACCGGAGGCAGCAGCUUUCCUGAAGGAAAGUAUUCCGUACCUCUUAGGAAGCGGUGGUACGCUCAUGUUCGACGUGACAAUUGUCACUCAAACCAUCAUCUAUCGACCGCGUCGCCCACGCCGGGCAUCCGUCUCCACGAAGCCUCAUGCUGCGACCGCCAGCGAAGAAGAGGCGGGGCUCUUGAGCGGAGAUGCGCUCGCGGAGUCCGUCGAGAGUCUUUCGAGGCCGCGCAGAACGACCUCGAUUCUGAGUCUCCGCAUGGAGCCCAACAUUAACGCUGACAUUCAGCGUUCACUCGUCCUUGACUACCUUGCGCAUAACUCGUACUCCAACACUGCCCGGGUAUUUGCCAGGGAUAGUUCUGUGCGACAACUCGACGCAGAUGGAGACGAAAUCAUGCACGGGCAUAGCGAGCUCACCGACGACAGCAGCCGUUUAACGGACGAUGCACUGCAGGAUAUGGACAGAAGACGAGAGAUCAAGAUACACCUGUUAUCCGGUCGUAUUGACGAUGCAACCGCUGCACUGAACAUACACUUUCCUUCUGUGCUCUCUUUAAGCUCAGACGAAUUGGCCGUCGAGGCGACUUCCCCGUCCAGAUGCUUCAUCGCACGCACUGUCGAUCCCGGGCACCUCGCCCUAAAUCUGCGCAUCCAAGCUUUCAUCGAAGCGUGCCGCACCGUGCCUCUCGAAUACAACCCUUCGACCGACAGCGCCUCCAGUCUAUCUCCCUCAUCUCACAGCAAAGUAAGGUCACUGUCUUCAUGUGAUCAUCCGGACGACAAGCAGAGGGAUCUGCUCCAGCGAGCGAGGAAAUUAUAUGCGCAGGCGAACGCGCUGGACAAGCCGACGGAUCGUGCCCGGUUCCUUGAGGAACUCAAUCAUGUCAGCGGAUUACUUGCCUACACUGUUCCCGAGAGCAGCCCCAUGGUCAAGUAUCUCAGCCAAGAACGGCGUGAGGCCGUUGCGGACCAAAUCAACAGCGCCAUCCUGUAUCGUACAGGGCGGGGCUCUGUUUCCAACGUCGAGCUGUACGCUCGUUACACGACGGUGCUGUGGUCUUUCAUACAAGAUAUACAUAUUCCACCAACCAGCGCCAACAAGCCUCCUGGCAUUGGCACUCCACCCCAGUUAAGCCUGGCGGAUUCAUCCGCCCCCAAGAUGCGCAUGACCGGUGUAAGGAAUCCAGAGGUGCGUCAACAUUCCAGAUUCACUGCCAGUCGCUAA